AUGUGCAGUUAUCAAGGAGUGGAGACCACCGUCUCAAGAGACGGGCUCGAUCGCGAAAUUCUCAACUUUUAUGACUGGGCCAAGCCACAGGAAUUUGAGGACAUUGUCCGCAGAGAUCUCGUUGAACGAUUGAGUAUUGCAUCCCAGAGUCGAUACGCUGGCACUGAAAUCCUUGCUUUUGGCUCUUUUGCCUCUGGUAUCUACCUGCCUACCGCGGAUAUUGAUCUGGUACUACUGUCCGACAAUUUCAGACGCACAGGAGUGCGUUCAUUUGGUGAGAGGAAAGGAAAAAUAUACGCAAUUUCGAGCUUCCUGGAAAGUACUAACAUUGCUGUUCCCGAUUCGAUCGAGUGCGUUACCCAUGCUCGGGUCCCGAUCCUGAAGUUCGUGGACCGGCUUACUGGGCUGCGUGUUGACAUGUCCUUUGACAACAACAGUGGGUUGAUGGCCAAUGAGACUUUUCAAACAUGGAAGGAGCAGUUCCCCAUAAUGCCCGUUAUUCUGUCAGUGGUCAAGCAGUUUUUGCUGAUCCGUGGCCUCAACGAAGUCCGGACUGGUGGACUGGGAAGCUUCUCCGUCACUUGCUUGGUCACAAGUCUACUCCAGCAUCUGCCCAAAAAACAUAUGCAGCUCAACCCUGGCAGCAUUCUCAUGGAAUUUUUCAAUUUCUACGGAAGCAAGUUUCAAUACAAUCAAGCCGCAAUCUGUUUGGAUCCUCCGGGUUAUUUCAGCAAGAAAUCAUUUGGAACCCCCGAUCGUCUCACUAUUGAAGACCCUAAUAAUACGGACAACGAUAUCUCUGGCGGCACAAGGGCGAUCGACCUGAUUCUUCGCACCUUCGCUAGUGCUCAUACCACCCUGAAAAGUCGUAUGGAACACCUCGCACUCGUCCGAGGCCCGAACAAGAGCAUUUUGGGGCCAAUCAUUGCAGCGAACUUCGAACAAUACACUGAACAGCACAAUAAACUUCGCCGGGUCUUCAUGACAGAAAGCAGAUUAGCUGGGCACAGAGUGCCUCCACCACCGCCGUUAGAACCUUAUCAUGAUAGCGGAGUGCAUUUCGCUCCCCCGCCGCUGCCCGCCGGGCCGCCGCCUAUAAGUCCUCCCCUACCCCCGGUGCAACAACCCAUCAAUAAUGCAAGAUCAAGUUCCAAGGGCACGAGGGCCGAGCCAGAAGAUAUUUCCGAUGAAUAUUCUAACGAAACGAAGCUAGUCAACCCCCGCAAAGGCCAAAUAGGACGACAAGCGCGUCGGUGGCGUGCCGCAAGAAUGAAAUGCCUCAGGCCUGAUCUAAAGAAUCUCCUCAGCUACCUCACUGUCAAUCAGGCUCUUUGGCACGGCGGCUAUGCUACCAAUGGGGAAAUGAAACGUGACUUGAGUUCGAGAGAACGGAGACAAGCCGCGGCCUAA